CUCAGAGAAAUCAUCUGCACGUACUCGUGACGGCUGGAGAACUAAGGGGCGCGUAUCACAAUGCCUUUGACAGGGUACGGCAGAUGCACCUCUUCUUAUUCCAUCCACUGACAGGACAACAGUGUUUUCUUCGUUCCCUCGAACCCCAAUUCCCUCACGGCCCUCGCGACGAUAACAGAACGACUGCGCUCCGCCUUUCCUCAUGAACAGCUUCUGCCAACUGGGCGCUGGGCUGCAGAGCACAAGCUCAUGCGCGAUACACCGUCCUGUGUGCCGGCCUCAGCUAAUGCCUCGGCUGCCCAGCGACCACUGAAACCUCGAUAUCUACAGUUCCUAUCCCUGUCUCACUAUCCUAAUCACGGAUUCAUAUAUACGUCCGAGCCGGCAGAAAAUCAGAGUCCCUCUUCCGCACAGCGACAUCCAAUUCCAACUGCCGGACAGACCACGUCUGUAGCAGCAGUCCAACCUGCACAAGCACUGGGACAUGUCGCUACCGCACCUGUGCCAAGUGCAGCCCAGAAUACAAACACGAAUCUGCCAUCUCCAGGCCAUUCUGAUAUGAUUAUGACCACUGUCCCUCUUUCCUCGUGCGCAACUUUGUUUAACCACUUCGUCUAUGCCUGCCAACCCUUCUGGUGCCAUCGCCAUACAGUUACGGUACCCGCGGGCUUUGUCUACGAUGUAGGAGACUUCCGAGUCCGUCUAGGUGACGUUCGACAAACGCAGCCCACAGCCCGGGUAAGAGGGACGGUAGUUGAGAUCGAAUGGAAGGGCCCGUCAUUGGUGUCCUCCAUUAUUGCACAGAGAGCCAAUGGCACAGCGUCCACUGACGGCCAUGGAACGACUAUCGGUAUCGGUGGUGACGAUGAUGCAGAUUCAGGAAUCGAUUUAAAUUUACCAUUUUUGCCUUCUGACAUUGAGGACGCGGAUGUUGAUGCGGACUAUGCGGCGACUGCUGCGUUGAUAAGAGAGUUCUGGGAUCGUCUGGGCAUCAGCGGGGCUAGGGAAGCCAUCCUUGUUUCUGAUCUGGGGAAGGAGGUGAAGGCACAGCUACAAACAUUGAAGCGGGCGAGCAAGGAUAAGGAUAAAUACCGGAAAGCGGUCAAUCAUACGCCCCGUCAUGAUGUUGAUAUCUGGGAUCUCAGUGGAAAGCGGGAGGAUGCCGAUCCGGAGGCCGGGGUAGAUUUGGCUAGACAGUUUAUGGAAAUUUUCCGAUUUAAUCGAUGAUUAAUGAUUAAUGACUGACGAUUAUAGU